GGGUAAACUAUUUUUCAGAGCGUUCGCAACGUACACAAUUUCGGUGCCCCAAUAGUGCGUUUUAGUGCAUUCGCAAAGAGCCUGGUCCGCGCAUACGUAAGCGUUUCGGUUGCGUGUGUCUGUGUGAGUGUGUUUACCCGUUUCUCGUCGUCUUGUCGCGAGAGGGCGAGCGAGGUGGUGGAGAAGGAAGGUAGCUCAGUAGUGGGUCACUCAGCGUUGAUUGCUUGAUUGUCCGCACAUUCCGCCCGCAUCGCGUUCUCGGGGGUCAAUCAUCGGCGGUCGGCAUGGAUAACGACAGUGAUCAAAACAACCGCGAUCGUUCGCGGCGAGGCGACCGGCGCGGUGGUGGCGGGUCGCGCUUCAGCAACGACCGCGAUCGAUCGCGUGAUCGCGAGCGCAGCGAUUGCCGGCGGAUUUACGUAUCGAACGUACCGUACGAGUACCGCUGGCAGGAUCUGAAGGAUCUGUUCCGCAAGGAGGUCGGCGAUGUAUCGUUUGUUGAGCUUUUCCACGACGAGAACAGUAAACCGCGAGGCUGCGGCAUCGUUGAGUUCGAAAAGGCCGAACACGUCCAGAUGGCGCUGGAAAAAAUGAAUCGCUACGACAUUAACGGACGCAAUCUGGUCAUCAAGGAAGAUUACGGUAACGAGCGGGACAAGUUUGGCCGCGUGGUACCCAAAUCGUUCCGCGGUUCCGACAGCGACAACCGCCGACGUGAUCGUGACGACGAUCGAAUGUCCGGACCGUCCCACGGCGGUGGUGGCGGUGGGACCGGUGGCGGCGGGACCGGUAGCGGUAGCGGCGGUGGUGGCGGCGGUAUUGUCGGUGGCAGCGGUUUAGGUGGCGGUGGAGUGCUUGGCGGCGGCAAUCUCGGUGGUGGCGGAGGCAAUCUCGGUGGUGUCGGAGUAGGUGGUGGUGCUGGGGGAGGUGGUGUCGGUGUAGGUGGUGGGGUCGGUGGUGGGAAUGAUUUUCCCCAGGACUACAACACCUACGGUCUCAGUGUCAAGUUCUUGGAAGGGUUGGGCAUUCAGGGCCCGUUACACACGAAGAUCUUCGUGGCGAAUCUUGACUAUAAGGUCGACGCGAAGAAGCUGAAGCAGGUGUUUAAGUUGGCCGGCAAAAUCCAAAGUCUCGAUCUGUCAGUCGACAAGGAUGGCAACAGCCGCGGCUUUGCCGUCAUUGAGUAUGACCACCCGGUCGAGGCGGUCCAGUCGAUCUCGAUGUUCGACCGCCAAAUUCUCUACGAUCGCCGAAUGACCGUUCGUUUGGACCGGCUGACGGAGAAGAGCGAAAUGAGCCGGCUACCGGAGGGCCUCAAGGGCAUCGGCAUCGGGCUCGGUCCGAAUGGCGAACCGCUCAAGGACGUGGCCCGCAAUCUACCUUCGCUCCAGCAGCAAAACACGGUCCUACAAAGCACGGUCAUGCAGAACGCGGCCCCGACACCGGUGCAGCCUCCGCUGACGGCCAGCAAUUUGCUCAACUCGGCCGCCACCAGCAGCCUGCCCGGGCUGAACUCGAACCUGGCGGCGCAGCUGAGCAACGUGGUCAGCUUGACCAAUCUGACCGGUGGGUUGCAAAGCUCGUUGCUCUCGAACGCGGCCGCCGGUCUGUCCAAUCUGAGCGGUCUUGGUGGUCUGGGUGCGGCGGCAACCGGUGGAGUCGGGGGCGGGCUCGGCGGAGCGGGCGGUGGUCUCGGCGGCGGGCUCGGUGGUGGUCUCGGUAACAGCUUAUCCAGUGCGCUCAGUGGUCUCGGUGGUGGCGGCGGCAACGACGUAGGGCUCGGCUCGAGCUUCAACCAGAACUACUCGUCCGGCUUCGGUAACGGUGGGUCCAACCGGGGCAACGACUACGACAUGGGCUCCUCGAACGUGCGCAACUACAGCACGGCACCGAACGAUGACUACAGUCGUAACUACGGGGGCCUCAACAAUGGCAACCGGAAAAUGUCCGACACGAUCGUCAUUCGCAAUAUGCCCUCUUCUUGGACGUGGCAAACGCUUCGCGAUAAAUUCCGGGACGUCGGCGAGGUAAAGUUUGCCGAAAUCAGAGGACAGGACACGGGUGUCGUGCGGUUCGCUAAGGAACGGGACGCCGACGUUGCCAUUAAACUUAUGGAUGGGUCAAGAUUCGAGGGACGGACGGUGGACGUGACAUUCUUUUAAUUGCUAACGAAAAGGUCAUCUGCCCACUUUCUUCUUUCUGUUGCAUUUCAUUGGGGGUCUUCCGGUCGGCCUUGCUAAACUCGAAAAAUUCGAAGAUAUUUACCCAACUUUUUCGCUCGUACAGGAAACAAGAGGGAAAACUCUCUGGUAGUUGUAGGGAAGUCGACAGUUUUUUUUCCUUUUGUUACCGCGUGCCCCAUAGCUCUUAGGUUGUUCUCUUCGUUCCGCCACGUGUGCAGCGUCGAUUUUCCGUCCCGAUUCCGAUUUUUCCGGCGCAGGAGUGACCGCAAUAGUUCGCGACAUGCAAAUCGCAUUGCGAAACGACGCACUCGACAAAGUUCAGUACAGUUUGUAGCUUGCUCUGAUCGAUUUGAUACAUUUGUCACAAGGGACGUGUGGUUUUUUCCCGUAUUGUUCGCAAGGGCGUCAUGAAACUGUGGCUCUUUUAAGUCGAUUGAAUUUUGCUUCCGUUUCCAUUGCAAGCAGCAACCCCAUUCGUUUGCAAAUUUUGAAGUGGCCGCUAUCUAAAUCAACACAUCGAAAACCCCAGAACAACCGAUAAAACAAUCAACCGUUUUUGAACUAGCGAAUUCAGCGUUAGAGAAUACUCCACGUAGUAGCCAUAGGUUUCGGGAGUAUAAUAUACAUUAUUGUUCGCCAUAGUAACAAAGCACGCCCGGAAGCAGCGCACCAGUUGAAAGCAUCCGAAGCGCGUGCUGUGGUGUGUCACGGAAAGAAGGCCGGCUAAUAUUAAGGGUGACACGCAGUCUGCAGAGCGUGGAAUGCGGAUUGCCAGUGCCUCGGCAACCGGGAGCGAUCGAUUGUAUUCUAGUAAAUUGACACAAAGAUACCAUCCCGUCAAACUCUCUCAUACCCAUAGACAGCAGAACUAUGC